UUUUGCUGUGGACGGACGUAUCGUCGUCGUCGUCGUCGCGUCUUGCUUUUUUUUGUUAAAUUUGAGAAUUGUUAUUGUUUUUUAGGGGCUUAGUCGAGGUGCUGCAAAAAAGGUGCGCUCUACACAACAAAAACAACAAUAACUAGAAUAACAACAGCAACAGCAAUAGCAAUAAUAACUAAAACACAUUUGCAAAUCUCUCAACAACUCGAAUACAACUAAACAAAAAAAACAAGUCACUCAAAAUAGAAAAUUCUAAUGAAUAUAGAAAUAAAUUUGAUGGCGAAACAUAACGAAUUCGCGCCGUGUGUUUGAAAAGCGAUGAAAUAGUGCGAAAAAUUGGCCAAACACAAAACAAAUGCAAAGCCAACAACAAACACACAAAAUCUGUGUGUGACUUUGUUUGUAUUUGCAAUUGUGUGUUUUUUGGCGGCGGUGGCUGCUGUGUGUGCACGUAAAGCAUAAAAACCAUUCUCAUUAAAAUAGCAAAAACACAACAACAACAAUAACAACAACAACAACAGCGGGAGCAGAAGCAGCAGCAGAAAGUGUUGUGAGUGAGGCAAUUUUUUCCAUCGUUAUUACUUCAUAACAGAGCAGCCAGCAUUUGCCUCGCUCUCUCGCGCUCUCGUAGUUGCUCUCUCUUAAGCUCUGUCCGCACACACACCGGCCUCAUCACAGGAGGGUUGCAGUCAACAACGACCGACAGCAGCCACAACAAAAACUAAGCUGCUAAGCUUUGGCUAACCCUCUCUCUCUGGGUUCUGCCUUCCUCCUUCGCCCCCGUCUUCGUCAUCGCCUAAAUUCGCAUUUCAACCGCCAACCGCCUCAGCCACAAAAAGCACACGGAAUUUUAAUCAAACUGCAAAAGCGAAGCACCCGCAGAAUGCAGCAGGCGCAGCGCAUGAAGCAGGUGUAGUCGUGAAGCAGGUGAAGCCACAGCAACGGCAACGGCAACCGGGUCUAAUUGAGGCCAGGACCAGGACACGGUCAAAUGGCGUCAUUUGUAUGCAAAGCAAAGCCAGCAACAAUUGAGAGAGCCGCAAACACAACAAAGGCAAUGUUGCGACGAGGCUAAGCCCAAAGUCGAGACCAGAGACCAGAGUUGCAAAUAAAUAAAAGCGCAUCAACGCACCCAGAGGUCACCCAGAGUAACCUAGAGAUUGAGAGGGUGAGAGAAGAGGAUCAAAACAGCAACAGCAACAAAGGAAACCCAAACAACCAACAACAGGAAGCAGCAGCAAAGUGAGUGGCAGAAUGAUGAGCGCAGGAGGCACCUACAUAUCGACGGCCAGCGUGGAGGUGCCACAGGCGCUGCAGGAUGGCGAGAAGUUCAUCAAAUGGGACGACGACUCGGGCAGCGGUACGCCGGUUACGAUGCGCGUGGAUGCCAAGGGAUUCUUCCUCUAUUGGGUCGAUCAGAACAAUGAGUUGGACAUAUUAGACAUUGCCACCAUACGCGACGUGCGCACGGGACAAUAUGCCAAGAAGCCAAAGGACGCUAAGCUGCGACAGAUUGUGACGCUGGGGCCACAGGAUACGCUCGAGGAGAAGACCGUCACCAUUUGCCAUGGCUCUGAUUUUGUUAACAUGACAUUUGUCAACUUUUGCUGCACGCGACGGGACAUUGCACAGAUCUGGUCGGAUGGCCUCAUCAAACUGGCCUACAGCCUGGCCCAGCUGAAUGGCUCGGCGAUUAUGUUCCUGCAGAAGGCCCACACAAAGCUCUGUCUGCAGGUGGACAAAAGCGGUCGCAUACCAGUGAAAAACAUCAUUAAACUUUUUGCGCAGAAUAAAGAGGAUCGGAAACGUGUCGAGAAGGCGCUGGACGUGACCGGCUUGCCAUCGGGCAAAGUCGAUAGCAUAUCGGUGGCGAAAUUUCAAUUUGAGGACUUUUACAAUCUGUACAAAUAUCUGACGCAGCGUUCCGAAGUCGAACGUCUCUUCGACACCAUUUGUGGCACAGACAAGGCAAAGCGCAAAUGCAUGUCCAUCGCUCAGCUGGUGGAGUUCCUCAACAAGACGCAACGCGAUCCGCGCCUCAAUGAGAUACUCUAUCCAUAUGCAAAUCCUGCUCGCGCCAAAGAACUCAUUCAACAAUACGAGCCCAACAAGUUUAACGCACAAAAGGGCCAACUCAGCUUGGAUGGCUUUUUGAGGUAUCUCAUGGGCGAUGAUAAUCCAAUCAUGGCGCCCAAUAAGCUUGAUCUCUGCGAUGAUAUGGAUCACCCGCUGUCGCACUACUUCAUCAACUCCUCACACAACACCUACCUGACUGGCCAUCAGCUGACGGGCAAAUCCUCUGUGGAAAUAUACAGGCAAUGCCUUCUCGCCGGCUGCAGAUGCGUCGAGCUAGACUUUUGGAAUGGUCGCACCGAGGAGCCAGUCAUCGUCCAUGGCUACACGUUUGUGCCCGAAAUCUUUGCCAAGGACGUGCUUGAGGCCAUCGCGGAGAGUGCAUUUAAAACAUCCGAAUACCCUGUGAUAUUAAGUUUUGAGAAUCACUGCAAUCCCAGGCAACAGGCGAAAAUUGCCAAUUAUUGCCGCGAAAUCUUUGGCGAUAUGCUGCUGGACAAGCCGCUGGAUUCGCAUCCGUUGGAACCCAAUUUGGAUUUGCCACCGCCAUCGAUGCUGCGUCGCAAGAUCAUCAUCAAGAACAAGAAGAAGCACCAUCAUCACCAUCACCAUCAUCACAAGAAGCCGUCGGCGUUGGGACAGGGAACGCCAGCUGCCAGCAAUAAACUCACAACAGCCAACUCAGUUGAUGCGGCAGCCAAGGCGGCUUCAGCUGCGGCAGCAGCUGCCAAUGCGCAACAAGUGGCUGCCGCAGCGCAGGACGAAGGAGGCGGAGCGGCGGCAGGACGCGUAUUGACAGGCGCCGCAAAUGGCGACAUUGUCAGCGGAGCAGGAGGAGGAGGACAUGCGCCGCCACUGCAACAAAUCCGACAGAGCUCAAAGGACAGCACUGGCUCCUCCGACUCGGACAGCUCCAGCGACGAUGAAUCCCUGCCCAAUACAACGCCCAGUCUGCCCAGCGGCAACGAGCCACCUCCAGAGAAGGCACAAAAGGAAACCGAGGCGGGUGCCGAGAUCUCAGCGCUGGUCAACUACGUGCAGCCUAUUCACUUUAGCUCCUUCGAGAAUGCAGAAAAGAAGAACCGCUGCUAUGAAAUGUCCUCGUUUGAUGAGAAGCAGGCAACGACGCUGCUCAAGGAGCGACCCAUUGAGUUUGUCAACUACAACAAGCAUCAGUUGUCGAGAGUUUAUCCCGCCGGCACACGCUUCGAUAGCUCCAACUUUAUGCCGCAACUGUUCUGGAAUGCUGGCUGCCAGCUGGUCGCACUCAAUUUCCAGACACUCGAUCUGGCCAUGCAACUAAAUCUGGGCAUCUUCGAGUACAACGCACGCUCCGGCUAUCUGCUAAAGCCAGAGUUCAUGCGACGCUCUGACCGACGACUCGAUCCCUUCGCCGAGAGCACCGUGGACGGCAUCAUUGCGGGCACCGUCUCCAUCACUGUGCUCUCCGGCCAGUUUCUCACCGACAAGCGUGUCAACACCUUUGUCGAGGUCGAUAUGUACGGUCUGCCUGCGGAUACGGUGCGCAAGAAGUUUCGCACCAAGACAGUGCGCGAUAAUGGCAUGAAUCCGGUCUACGAUGAGGAUCCCUUCGUUUUCAAAAAGGUGGUGCUUCCGGAACUGGCCAGCAUUCGUGUGGCAGCCUACGAGGAGAGUGGCAAGUUAAUUGGUCAUCGAGUGUUGCCCGUGAUUGGUCUUUGUCCCGGCUAUCGUCAUGUGAAUCUCCGCUCCGAGGUGGGACAACCCAUUGCGCUGGCUUCGCUCUUCUUGUGCGUCGUUGUCAAGGAUUAUGUGCCCGACGAUCUGUCCAACUUUGCCGAGGCGCUGGCCAAUCCCAUCAAGUAUCAGAGCGAGCUGGAGAAGCGCGACAUUCAGCUGUCGGUGCUGACCGACGACACGGAUGCGGUGGCUAAUGCGGAUGAGGAUCUGUCCAAGUCGUUCGUUUUCGUCCAAGUAGGUGGCCAAAAGAAGGAGCUACGUCCGGUGGAAUCGUUAGCCACCUCACCCAAGCAUCGCGCCAGCAUUUCCACAGUCGCCGCUCUCAGCGUGGAGAUGCCCGCCGAUCGCACCGAUGGCGGACGCCACAACGAUGACAACGUAUCGAUUGUCACAACUGGCAUUCAGCAUCAGCAUUCGCUGGAUCAAUCCGUGACCACAUCCAUCAGACAGGUGGAAUCCUCGCAGUUUGAUGUCGAGCAGGUGUUGGCGGAACCAUUGGAGAAAAUACUCGAUCACAAAUCGGUGCGCGAGAAGCGUCUGGAGAUGGAGAAGAAGCUUGAAUCGCUGCGCAAGAAACACGACAAGGAGAAGCUCAAGAUCGCUGGCCAAAAGAUGAGUCCCCUCGAUGGCGGCAAGAAACCCAAAUUCACCAUCACCAACAAGCUGGUGAAGCGCCUCAGCAACAAGAGUCUCGAGCCCGGCAUCGAAGUUCCCCCCUGCCCUCUCGAUCUAGGCGACAGCAGCGAGGAGAGCGCCGGCGCCGGCGAACUCAGCGAAGAGGCUACCGGCUCCAGUAGCCUCGAAGGCACCCAAGAGUCGCGACUCCGCUACGCGUGCCGUGAGUAUACAUCGCAGUAUCGGGAACUGCAGGAGAAGUACCAUGAGGCCAUCUACACGGCAGCGGAGAAGGUGCUGAAGAACUCGCAGACUAGUCAAAUGAAGCAGCUGAAGGCGUCGCUGGACAAGGUGACCGGCGAGGUGAUGCAUCAGCUGCAGGAGGCGCGACGCAACGAGGUCAAGAACUUGGCCACCGUGCACAGAGAUCGCGACGAGCUGGUCAGAAUGAAACGAGAGGUGGCCAGCUCUGUGGUGGAGCGAGGCGUAGCAGAACGUGUGCGUCUCAAGCAGACGUUUGACAAGCGCACGGAUGAGCUGCAGAAGACGCACGAUGCAGUGCGCAAUGGUCUCGCAGAACAUCGCUCAAAGGCGCGUCAAAUACUCGACAAGGAUGCGGAAUCUCGCAGCUGCGUCUCGAACAGUGGCUUCCUGGUGCUCUUCCAUGGGCCGCAUCAUCAUGGCUGUUCAGCAGCAUCCGCUGCCUCUGGCGGUGCCGCAAACUCCACAAUCUCUGGCAAUAAUCUCACACUCAGCCUGGAUGUUGGCGGUGCCGUCGGCGGUGGUGCUGGCGGUGGUGCCAUGGCCAUAUCCCCGGCCAAAUCGCACAAUAGCAUUACGGCCGCAUCGGCGACAACGGAGAUGAAGACGUAAAUCCAAAAUCGAAAGGAUUACAGAGGAUCUUUUUUAAUGGCAUCAUAGUUGCAAAGUUGUUCUUCGGUUUUCAGUAUUCGCGGCAAAACACAAAAAACAAAAAACAAAAAAAAGAAAGCAAAAAAACAAAAAACAAGUCUUCGUAGCGUUAGGCGAGAUCGAUCGAUCGAUCAUUGGGAUCGCGACUCGCGUUAGUUUUAUAACUGAGAAAUACGUUUUUCUUACUGAACAAACUAGCUGUACUAUCUCUCUCUAUGUCUAUGUAGUGUAACUGUAACAGUCGGUGUAUUUAUAUCCAUGUACUGUAUAUGUAUGUAUCUAUAUCUCUAUGCCGCACCAUACUACGGUUUCUUCCUAUUCGAACUAUUCGCUGAAACUCUGAGUGUCUAACCUUUUAAGCAUAAACUAUAUACAUAUAUUUAUUUAAACAAAAAACUACUUGUAAAACGAGCAGGAAAGUAGAAAAGGAUUGAUUGAUGAAUGAUGACGAUGACGUUGACGAUGACGAUGAGGAAUGAAGGAUGCUAAAUAUGUGCUCCAUUUUCUACUAUUAAAUGUGGUUGUGUGUAUUACUUUUUUUACUUUUACAUUAAUUUAAACAUAUAUACAAUAUACUAUAUAUGAUGUGUAUAUUAUUUGUUAAUGCUCUUGCACAAAAAUUGUGAAUCGAAUCUCGCGCAAAACAAAAGAAAGCACAAGUCUAAAAUGCCAACAUUUAGUCAAUUUCUUUGGUUGGCUCAACAAACUAUAUAUUUAUUUAUGCUUGUUUUUAGUCACUAUACUAUUACUUACUAUUUUUUUAGUUCUUUAGUUUAGUUUUUACUCAAUGAAAAACCUCUAAUAAACAAUUCUCUGUCCAACUGUUUUUAUUUUAUCGGAAAAAUAAGAAGAAAAACAAAAGAACAACUUUCUUUCGUGUAUUCUUUUUCCCCCUCUUUCCCCACAAUUCACACAUGCACACACACAUACACGCACACAGACGACGCACAACCUACAACACCAAAUAUCAAGUAUCAACAAAAAAAUAUAGCGUGCUACAGUUUGAGCAGCACUGCGAAACUGUUCACGCUUCUAGCGACAAUCAAAACCAACAAAACAAAAACUAAGAAGGAAAAUUUAAUAUGAAAAUGAAGCAGAAAAAGAAGCAGGAGAAUAUCUUUUUAAUGUGGAACUCUUUGUUUGUAACCAAUCUACGAUUAUCAUUUGAUUUGAUUAGGUAAAACCCAAGCUGCCUUGUAACGAAAUCCAAAAUUUCAGCAUUACAUGUGCUAAGUCCACAAAAAGUCUAUACAAUAUAUGAUGUAUGCAUACAUGUAAAAUGAGAGCAAAUCAAAACAAAUCAAAAACGAAACAAAACGAAAAACAAAUUGCGAAAUGCGACUUUAAACCAACUAUAAAAAAAACUCAAGUUGAAAGAACAUUUCACUGGACGGCAGAACCACCUUAGAUGUUGUAAUUUCCUAUACUAACAAAAAAGAAAUCGAAUACUUUCCAAAAGCUAGAGAAUUUGAUGAAAUUUUCUUCCACCCUGCCCCUCUCUAAACCUCUAAACACCCCAAAUCCGAAUCCCACUAAAUUGAUGUUGUGUAAUGUGUUAAAAGUAGAGUUACUCUUGUUGUUGUACAAUACCAGCAGAAAUCCAACAAAUAGCGGCAAGCAAUAUUAUAACCCUGCCCCGCCCCCGCCCCCAAAAACCAUCCACAAUCCCAUCCCACAAAAAAUAGGUGAAUACAAUAUAUAAGUAUGUGUGUGUUUUUUUUCAUAGUAAUCUCAUAAUGAUCAUCCCCACGAUGAUCAUCAUGAUGAUAAUGUUCUUUGUCUUAAUGUGUCUAUCGGUGUUUAGCGAACAAGUGUGUUUAGCACUUUUUUCAUAUCUAUGUGUAUGUUAUAUAUGUAUAACAGUAAUUGGCCCACGAUUCAAUAGUAUAACAGAGUAUAACAAAUAAAGUAUUGUAAUAGUUUUUGGUGUUGUAUGUAUGUACAUAUGUCCAUAAGCAUAACUAACUCUCUGUCUGUAUCUGUGUGUUGUCGUUGUUGUUGUUGUUGUUGUUGUUCUUGUUAUUGUUGUUGUAGUUGCAGCGCUUAUUUCAAAUUUUCAUUUCUUUUGCUUUUCCUUAACAAUGCAUGCGCCUCCCCCUCGCCCCCUCAUCCAUAUUUCUUUGAUUAUGCUUUAAUCGAUAUUCGUUGUUGUUCUCUUGUGUGUGUGUUUCAUAAAAAAUAAGUUAAGUGAAAAGUAAAAAAAAAAAACACUAAAUAUACGAAAUUGGUAACUAACAAGCAAAAACGGUGUUUAACACCAAAAAGCAAACAAAAUUGAAAGAAAAAAACAACAAUUUAGGCCCUGACAAACAAAUUGAAUGUUAUUAAAUAAAUUUAUGGAUAUAUUCCAAACCCAAACAACAAACGAAUUUGUUGUUGCAUAAGUAUUACUAUAAAAACAUUACAUCAAUAAUAAUAUUAAUAAUAAUUAAAAUGGAAUAACAAUUUAGCUAAAUGAAUGUUUAGACCAGACCUAGAACAUAUUUAUUGUACGUAAUGUAUGCAUAUUAAAGAACUCCCAUUGUUAACUGAACUUGCAAAAGCAAAAAAGAAUUUACAAACUAAAUAACUAUUGAAUUAAGCAGACAAUUGCAUACUCACUUUUACAAUUGUGCACCACACAAGUACAUUCCCAGUUAAAUACGUUUUAAAUGUGAAUUUCAAAUAUUGCAACCCAAUGUGCCCGAAAGCCUUGCCGUUUGAUUAUUUUUUCUGUCAAAUAUGUUUAAACGUGCAAAAGACUUACCUUUACAACAACAACAGCACAUCUUGUCACCACAAGUCGAAAAGGGACAGCAUAUAAGAUCGUCGCAAUGCUGGCCUUGAAUAAACACUCACAUACACAAAACGAAAACCAAGAUGGCAGCCUCUAACUUUACCGGUGUCGCGUACUCACACUAACACACAAGAAAAAAAAUUAAAAAAUGCACUGGCUUUCUGCCCAUGCAGAAUUUGCAAAUUAUUGCAAAACACAUUUUAAACACAACACUAGGGCUCCAAUUUACAUAAUAUAAAUGCUUGCACACAUUUUCAUUUCAGCUUUGUAGCUUGCCUACAGGAGCACCCACACUAACACUCACACAUAAGCACUAAAAAAAAUGCUCGCGCGCGGCUUCUUUUCACACACACGCGUAGACUGCAAAUUUUUUGCAAUGCCUCUAUCAUUAAAGGAUGACGCGCACUCACACUAACACAAAAAAAAUGAAAAAAUGCGUGCACUGGCUUUCUGCCCAUGCAGAAUUUGCAAAUUAUUGCAAAGCGCAUUUUAAACACAACACUAGAGCUCCAAUUGAUAUUAAAUAAAUGCUUGCACACAUUUUAAUUUAAGCUUUGCAGCCUGUUUAUUGGAGCACCCACACUGACACUACACUCACACUCACAAGCACUGAAAAAAAUGCGCGCGCGGCUCCUUUUCACGCACACACACACGCGAACACUUUUCAAAAUUUUUGCAAUGCGAUUAAAAAGAAAACUACGACACUAAUUAACGACCAACGAGUAUCCACGAAAGGCUAACCAUACCGACUCUACAUUUAUAUACUUUUCCGCGCACAAAUUAAACAUUUAACACAAUUUUUUUUUAUUUAAACGCGCAACAAGUGCAGAACAACUGCAAGCGAAGUAACGGAACGGAAUUAAACUGGCGUUGCCACUAGGUUGAAAUCAGUUGGACACAGUCCAAUUGGCAACGUGCCGAUAGUUGACAUUUGAAUUUGAGCGGCAGCUGGGCACAUUAGGGCAAAAUAAAAACAAAACCAAAUAUAACUUCCCAAUUUGAUGUGCAAAACUAUGUUAGUUAAAAUAUUUGCAAUGGAGUUCAUAUAAAAUAUACGAAAAUGGCAUACAAUUUAAAUACAGAACAAAAAGAGAAUUGAACCUAAAUUUAAUCCACAUUGUUGUUGUGAUCUGCAGAAAAAAAAAAAAACAAAUACCAUAAUAAACGUUGAACAAAGUGAAUAACCUUAAAAA